CAACAACAACACAUGAGCUUGACAUUUAGCAGUCAGUUAUGAUUCAGGUUAUGAUUAUAGACUAUUACAACGCAAGAUCUUAGCAGGAAAACAUGGCCAGUACUAUGGUGGCCGUGGGUCUUACCUUGGCGGCAGCAGGGUUCGCAGGUCGCUAUGCGGUGCGAGCCAUGAAACAUAUGGAGCCGCAAGUGAAACAAGCUCUGGAAGCGUCCAAAUCUGCAUUCGGUAGCGGAUACUACAGAGGCGGAUUUGACCCUAAGAUGAACAGGAGAGAAGCGUCUCUUAUUCUCGGCGUCAGCCCCACCGCUAACAAAACAAAGAUCAGAGAGGCUCACAGAAAGCUGAUGAUUUUAAACCAUCCUGACCGAGGUGGAUCCCCAUAUCUGGCAGCGAAAAUCAACGAGGCGAAGGAUUUACUUGACGGACAAGCUAAGAAAUAAAUCUUCUUCAGAUGUGUGAAUGAAUGCAGUCGAUUUAUUUUGCGAUUAUUAAACACCAUGUUGUCAUCUA